AUGGAGGCACAAAACGGUGCAGAAGCAAGUCGAGUACUUCACAUUGUCUACUUUCUCAGUCGAAAGGGUUAUGAAGAGCACCCUCAUCUCAUACAAGUCGAGCAUCACUCUAAAAAUGGCGUUCAGUUACAAGACAUCAAAAGAUGGUUGGGAGAAUUGAGAGGAAAGGAUAUGCCAAAAUCAUUUGCUUGGUCAUACAAGAGGAGGUACAAGACAGGUUAUGUCUGGCAAGACUUGUUGGAUGAUGAUCUUAUAACCCCAAUCUCAGACAAUGAAUAUGUCCUCCAAGGCUCAGAAAUUCCAUGCACAGUAACUAACACAACAGACUUAUUAUCAUACCAAGAAAUUACCAAGGAGAAAACAGAGCAACUGGCCUCAACUGACCUCGAAACAAAACUCGAACCGGGAAAAAAUAUUUCGAACACGAAUAAAUUCAUCACUACCGCCAAAAAAAUCGACGAAAAGGGCAUGACCCGUUUCUCGAUGAGCUUACGGAGCCUACUCAGCUGUCGUGGCACGGAGACUAAGGAAUCUGCCGUGACGAUUGCCCGUGGUAAGCCGAAAAAACCGCCUAGUUUCUUGAGCAUUUGCUCUGGCCAAACGAGUGAAAAUGUACGUCCCGUGUGCCCUUCUUUUCACCGGUCGAUAACCGAGAAGCCUCGUGGGACCCAACAUCAACGGAUUAGUAGUAACACAAGAAAGAGCUACGAACGAGCGAAGGAAAUGCCGACUUACAAGCCACUCAACGGGCCUAAUUGCGCGCAAUGUGGGAAGAUUUUCAAGCCGGAAAAAAUGCAUGCACAUAUGAAGUCAUGCAGGGGAUCAAUGAGCAAAACCGUUCACAACAAAGCCAAUUUCAAUCGUGCCAUAUUUUUUUCUUCUUAUGAUGAGAAUAAAUCAAAAAUGGCCAAUGUGAUGAUCAAGAAAUAA